UAAGCGAAAGUCGACGAAAAUGAAGGUGCUGAUUCUUCUGUCGUUGGUGUGUGGAGUGAUGCUGGAGGCUCCGUAUCCAGCUAGCGGCUGGAGACCAGAUGGGCCUGCUUUUGAUCCAACAAGAGGACAACAGGCCCCUCAACAGCCCUACCCUUUCGAUCCUCGCAACCCGAACAACCUGGAUGGAGUGGAUGUAUCAGUCCAGGGUCUGCCCACCGCUGAGCAGCAGAUCUUCCAACUAUCGCCCAUCAACGGCCAACAGUAUUCCGGCCCGAGUGUUAAUGCUGAUGUGGCCAAGUUGAAUCCACAGCUGCAGCAGGCACAGUAUCAACAACAACUGCAAAUAGCGCGAGAGUUUGCGAGACAGAGAGAAUUAGAAGCAGCUGCUCGUCAAGCUAACCGACAGACGUACCAAGCUCCUGGAACAUUCGGACAGACCACAACAGCCAAACCGUCCAGGAAUCCGGAAGAAACGACCGUACCGUUUGACCUGAAUGAAGGCGAAACCCUAGAUGCAUCCAGAAACCAGCCUGAGAAGGUUUCCGUGGAAAUAACUAAGCAGAACAUUCAGGAGUAUCCAGCUGAGCUGUUCUUGAGUCCACUCACUCAAUUGAAUCAAGCUCAAUUUGUGCAGCUACAGCAGCUCGGCCAGCUUCAGAAUACUCCUGUUAUUUACCAGCAAAUCCAAGCUGAACCUCAAGGUUUCGAUGGUCCAGCUCAUUUGGCUGCUUUGCCCUCAGUUCUGGCUCAAAGAGAGCUAUUCCAGCAGCAACAACUAAGUCAGAACCCUAUUGUAGUCCAGCAAGAAGCUGUAGCGCAACCAGCACCCCAAUACCAACUUAAUCAGUAUCAGCCCAUCCAGCCACAAAUACCGGUUCAGCAACAAAUUCAACCUCAAUACCAACCGGGUCAGCCUCAGAUUCAAACUGCUCAGUACCAACCUGCUCAACCACAAUUCCAGCCUGGGCAACCGCAAUUCCAACCUGGCCAAACACAGUUCCAACCUGGUCAACCGCAAAUUCAAACUGCAUUCCCAGUCCAACCCCAAUUUCAACCAAACCCGUACCAGCCAACCCAACCUCAAUUCCCCGUCACGCCUUCAGGACAAUACCAACCGCAAGUCGUAUUCCAACCCCAGAGCCCGAAAUUCCAACCAGCCAAUCCCGAUGACGUUGAAGAAAUAGAGACCAACCAGCAACAGCAACCACAGUUCGCCUACCAAUUCCAGCAACCAAAUCAACAACCACAAGUUUACCAACCACAGUUCUACCAGCCCAACCAGCAGCCUAUCAUAGUUCAACCGUUAGACAACCAACUGAUCCAAUUCUACCAGCAGCAGCAGAACCUUGAGACCAAUCAGCAAGGCCUUCAGAGUGGAUUAGAUAUCAACCAACAAGGCAAUGAUAUUGAGGAGAAAGAUCGCGAGAACGAUGAUACGACAACUGCUACAGCCGUGGCCACCGCAUUUGGUACAAGAACUCAACCUCGUGUGGUUGCCCAAUACGGAGUACCUUCUACCGUCCAGAGACAACCCACUCCAAGAUACAGGACGACUACUGAAGCUGCACAAGAGGAACCUGCCACUGAAGAUGGACCAGCCAUAGCAGAAGCUACAGCAGUAGCCAAUGGGAGUGGAAGAAGAAACGCUAGACUGAGGAGCCGUCGUCUGAGACCGGUGUUCACAUUAGACAAAUCUGGCCACCUUGUACUUGCACAGAAUGCCUAGAUCAGAAUCAACAACCUAACAACUGGAAGCCAACCCAACGUUUGCUAUGAGCUCUAAUUUACUCUUACUUAGGGUAUAUCCUCCAUACAAAAAAUAGGUCGA